AAAGGUGGCAAGGGUCUCGGGAAGGGUGGUGCCAAGCGUCAUCGCAAGAUCCUCCGUGAUAACAUUCAGGGUAUUACAAAGCCUGCGAUCCGCCGUCUUGCCCGUCGUGGUGGUGUGAAGCGUAUCAGUGGGCUCAUCUACGAAGAGACUCGUGGCGUUCUGAAGAUCUUCCUUGAGAACGUUAUCCGUGACUCUGUUACUUACACUGAACACGCCAAGCGCAAGACUGUUACUGCCCUCGAUGUUGUCUAUGCUUUGAAACGGUCAGGCAAGACUUUGUACGGUUUCGGGGCUUGA